AUGAGUGAGAAAUAUCAACCAGUGGAAUCAUAUGAGUUGAAGAACUCUGAGGGUGACGACAAUUUUGUCUCAUUCAUGGAUGAAAUUCAAGAUAUCCGGAGUUUCUUGGACCAAUAUUCCAGUUUGAUUGGCUUGAUUUCCCAAAAGCAAACUACGUUGUUACAAGAAUUGGAGUAUGAUGAAGAUACUGAUUUCAGCUCUAAACAGGUGGAAAGUUUGGUUACUGAGGCCCGCGCAUUACAGUUGGAUUUGAAGAAUAGGAUCAAGAGUGUGCAAACCGAAGCUUAUCGUACGAAAGAUCAAAUAAGGUUGAGCCAGGCUGAAUCAGUUAGGAACAACUUUUUGGAAUUGAUCCAACAAUAUCAAUUGGUUGAAUCAAAUAAGAGAGCUGAAUCUAGAGCCCAAGCACAGAGGCAGUACAAGAUCAUUCAGCCCGAUGCCACAGAGAAAGAACUACAGCAAGUGGCCGAAAACCCCGAUAACCAACAAUACUUCCAACAGGCACUUUUGCAAUCAAACAGAAGUGAAGAGUCAACAACAGUUUUGAAAGAAGUACAAAUUAGACAUCACGAGCUUUUGAAGUUGGAACGUACAAUGGCAGAGUUGUCGCAAUUGUUUAAUGAUAUGGAAGAGUUGGUUAUUGAGCAAGACGAGGCAUUCCAGAACAUCGACGAAAAUGUGGGUAUGGCCCAGAAUGACAUUGAACAAGGUGUUGGUCAUACAUACAAGGCCGUGGAAAGUGCCAAGAGUUAUCGUAAGAAAAAGAAGUGGCUCAUUAUCAUCUGCAUUUUGAUAGUGAUUAUUAUUGCAGCCGUUCUUGGGGCUUAUUUUGCUACCAAGUAG